AUGUUACUCGCUUCAUAUUCUCGAGGAUCACAAAAGUGUAUUAAAGGUCAUGAAAUGAACAGCCGUGGAUUAACUACUAUUUAUGUGGCACAUACGAACAUGUCGCAAGAAUCAUAUCGUUCUAAGCUCGUCUCCGAUUCUCAGUCAGACGGACACCUGGAUGUAUCUCCAUGGGGUGAGAAAUCUAACUUAGACCCGAAGAACUUCAUCAUCAUUGACAAGUCAGGUGGAGUUUUCGGCAGAAUUCCAGUUAUAGAACCGUUUAGCUAUUUUAGUGACCAUUUUAAUUCGGCUGGCCUUAGUAUAUUUAACUGCAAUUGGUCAGAUAUUUACGAUUUCACAGCGGAUGAGAAUACAGACAGCGUCCAUGUCUCGCUUUUAGAAAAAUGUAAUGAAAUAGAAAAACUAAUCUCAACACCUAAGACAGCUUUAGAAUGCGAACUGGAAAAUAGCGAACUUAAAAAUGAUGAUGAUUCCAUUGCACUUUUACAGCCUUUAAUGUCGAUACCGUUGUCUUUUUCAUCGGAUAAUUCUGUUGUCCCAUUAACUAUUGGCAAUAAAUCACAAGUUAGUGCAUUCAUUCAGUCGAAUAAUCUAACAACUGAAAAUCACUUCAAUAAAUCUGCACUCAUUACAGUAUUUCCACAUGAAACAGCUAUUCAAUCAGCUAAAUUGAUAUGUGAUUAUUUAAGGAAACUUAAUUCUUCGUCAUUGUCAGCAAAGACUGCAAAGGCCUACUUCCACGACGUACGUGAUCGUGUAGCAAAAAGGGGGAGCCGGCGAAGAGUUGCUGUUGACAAUAUUAAGAUUGACGAGAGGGUCUCUACUGAUAGUUCAAUGGAUCUACUUGAUGUUGAUGGGGGUGAAAGUCAAAGUUGGCAGUGUCAAAAAUUUUCUUAUGAGGUGUGUAUUACACAUCAACUUCAGUCGUCAAUUAAUACAUUAUCGAGUGAUAAAGAUGUUGUAUCUGCAUCAACAUGUGUUAAACAAAAACAUUCGAAAGUGCCUUUACAAAAACAUGAAUAA